UUUACCGAGCAGACAACUGCAGUGGGCUCGUCUUAUUUUAUCCUGGUUCCGGGGCUCCGCGGAGAGGCGCUGAGCUCCGUCCGUUUUCUGUCGGGAGGAACACACACUGAGGGAUGCGCGACCAGCCGCCUCCGCCCCGCACCCAUCAUCCCCGACGGAGGUGACUUGACCAGCAUAUGAUAUUCUCCAGGGUAAAACCAAGAACAAUGCAUGGCUUGUAAGCCUCCAAUCAUGGCUCAGAGGAAGAGGCCAGGGACGAGUGGAGGUAACAGUAUGGCUGCUCCAGGGCCCGCCUCCUGUCCUACGGAGUCAUGUGAUCUGAAAGCCCUCCCUGCACGGCAACGCCCACUCCGCUACCCCAAAGCUUCCCAUGAUUCAAAGCCCCUCCCUCAUUCCUGUAAGGCACAAUAUUCUUCUCCGAAGUCUCAAGGUGUGGCUCACAAUCAUCUUGACCCAAACGCUGAUGCAAAAGUGGAGGUGAAGCGGUACAGCAGACAAGAAGACGCAGAGGUUGAAGAUCAGCGGCCCGCCACCCCAUCCACGCCCGAACACACCCGCGAUCCAGACGACCACGACCAGGCCGACUUCCACGGUGGAGCCGACAGCUUGGAUGACGACUCCAGCUCUGAUUAUAUCAACAAUACCUCAGACGAUGAGGAAGACUAUGAUGAUGGCCUGGCAGAAGAGGAUGAAGGUGUGACUUACUACAUUCGCUACUGUCCAGAGGAUGACAGUUAUCUGGAAGGAAUGGAUUGUAGCAGCCAGGGAGAGUGCAACCACAGCCACAGCCAUGAGCACAGUCAUGACCAUGACCACGACCACGACCACGACCAUGGCCAUGACCACGGCCAGGAUGAGUGCACCGCCACCAUGCAGGUGGGCGGAUCCCACACCGAUGAAUGCCAGGAGGCCGUGGAAGGCUGGGCCGAGGAGGGGGAGGGUGAGGGGGAAGUGAGAGAGGAAGAAUGGGUGGAGGACGAGGAAGGGGAGGGGGCAGCCAGGGAAGAAUGGAGAGAGGAGGAAGAGGAAGAGGUGCGAGAAGAGUGGGUGGAAGGAGAGGAGGAGGAGGAAGAGGAGGAGGAGGAGGAAGAUGAGGGGGCCCAGGAGGAGUGGAGAGAGGAGGGCCAGGUCAGGCAGGAGCAGUGGACAGGACGAGAGCGGCACAGAGUGGAGGAGUGGGCUGACGGAGAGGGGGAGGUUCGCUGCGAGGUGGUGGAGCAAGACCCUGAUGAGCAGAUAUACAACGGACGACCAGAACCCAUCCUGGACCACCACCACCACCACCACCAUCACCACCACACACCUGCCGCGCACGACUCCGUGCACACCCGACGGGCUGAGAGGGAGGAGCAGGAGGAAGCGGAGAGCGAGGAGUACUGUCCGAACGAGGAAGACGACGAGGAAGGCGACGAUGUGGAGAGACAUGGGAGGGCCUACACCGGAGACUACUACGCCCCCGAAGACAACGGGAACUCGGUCCGAGUCUCCCCGUACCGUAGCCGUAAAGUACUGGUGGUGGAGGGCGAGACGGGGGAGGAGGCCGAGGAGGACAUCGACCAGAUCGUCGCUGAGAUCAAGAUGAGCAUGAGCAUGGGCAGCCUGAGCAGCAGCACCGACCAGAGCCCCGAGGAGCUGGCACAGGAUCCGCCGCCGGGCGACUACCCCCACCCCAAGCACGACGCAGCGCCGUACCCACCGGCUCACCACCGGCACGACAGCAGGCCCAAGUCCCUGAACCUUCCCUCCAUGCAUCACAACAACCCCGACCUGCAGAGGGGCGUCAAGGUGCACCCUCGCUCCCCCGAAGACAGGCAGCGAUGGCAGCAGGAGCAGGUAAGCAAUGGAGCAGAGCAGCCCAGAAAACAGCAGCGCUCCGACCUCAACGUCCCCCUGGAGAACAACAACGUACCAGAGCCAACAAAGAAGGUUGCCUCAUUCCCCAGCUUCGUCGACGUACCAGGACCCUGCGAGCCAGAAGACCUGAUUGAUGGAAUUAUCUUUGCUGCUAACUACCUGGGCUCCACUCAGCUGCUGUCUGAGAGGAACCCGUCCAAGAACAUACGCAUGAUGCAGGCCCAAGAAGCAGUCAGCAGGGUCAAGAGGGUACAGAAGGCUGCCAAAAUCAAGAAAAAGGCGAGCGCAGAUGGAGACGCUCAAACCCUCACCGAAGUCGAUCUGUUCAUCUCCACCCAAAGGAUCAAAGUCCUCAAUGCAGACUCACAGGAGACCAUGAUGGACAACGCACUCCGCACCAUUUCCUACAUCGCCGACAUCGGGAACAUCGUGGUCCUGAUGGCGAGACGCCGGAUGCCGCGUACCGCCUCACAGGACUGUAUCGAAACGACGCCCGGCGCCCCGGAGGCCAAGAAGCAGUACAAGAUGAUCUGCCACGUCUUCGAGUCUGAGGAUGCGCAGCUCAUCGCUCAGUCCAUCGGCCAGGCGUUCAGCGUGGCCUACCAGGAGUUCCUCAGAGCCAACGGCAUUAACCCCGAGGACCUGAGUCAGAAGGAGUACAGCGAUAUCAUCAACACGCAGGAAAUGUACAAUGAUGACCUGAUUCACUUCUCCAACUCGGAGAACUGCAAAGAGCUGCAGCUGGAGAAGAGUAAGGGCGAGAUCCUGGGGGUGGUGAUCGUGGAGUCGGGCUGGGGCUCCAUCCUGCCCACCGUUAUCUUAGCCAACAUGAUGAACGGCGGGCCGGCAGCCCGCUCCGGCAAGCUCAGCAUCGGGGACCAGAUCAUGUCCAUCAACAACACGAGCCUCGUGGGGCUGCCGCUCGCCACCUGCCAGGGAAUCAUUAAGGGCUUAAAGAACCAGGUCCAGGUGAAAAUGAACAUUGUCAGCUGUCCACCAGUAACCACCGUCCUCAUCAAAAGACCCGAUCUGAAGUACCAGCUGGGCUUCAGCGUCCAGAACGGCAUCAUAUGCAGUCUGAUGCGGGGGGGCAUCGCGGAGCGGGGCGGCGUCCGCGUGGGUCACAGGAUCAUAGAGAUCAACGGGCAGAGUGUGGUGGCCACAGCGCACGAGAAGAUCGUCCAGGCCCUCUCGAACUCUGUCGGCGAGAUCCACAUGAAGACCAUGCCAGCGGCCAUGUUCCGGCUCCUCACAGGCCAGGAGACGCCCAUGUACAUAUGAGAGGCGGCCGGGGAGCGCUCCACCUGACG